AAAGCCACGGCCAUGGCGGUGAUGUCAAAGCAAGAUCCAUCACCUUCUUUUCUUCAGACAGUACAAGAAAUCAUGAGACUUUACAGAUCACUCCCACCAAGGCCUUCAAUUGGUGAGGUUGAAGCAGCUAAAUCCGUUCUCAAAACCGUCGAAAACGAAGAAAAAGUCAAGCUUGAAGAGAUCUCAAAAGAAAAACCAUCCCAAUAUGUCCCUGCUGAGCUCUUCUCCAUCCUGCAACAGGUGGGGAAAACCAUGGUGUUGUUUCAAAUCCAUCAGGAAAAGAAAGAUGCCCUUCAUUUGGUUGAAGCUGACAAGAUGUUUGAGACCUUUGAUGGGUUGAUUCAAAGGGCUUCGUCCCUGGUUUCUGGGGAUGCCCUUGAUGAAAAGGUCACUACUUUUGGAGAACGUGUGAGCAAAUUCGAUGGAGAAACUCUUAUUACUGAUGAUAGUUUGGUGAAGCGAGAGGAAGAUAGUGAAUUGGAUAAAGAUGAUGCUAAAGGUUUGGUUAGAACUUCUUCUGCAAACGCCUCUUUCUUCUCAGGUGAAAAUAGCAAGGAAAAACUGAACCUAAUGAAGACAGCAGCGCUUAUUGAUAAUACUACUAGAACAGGAGGGGUAGUUCUUGAUCUUAGGGGCAAGUUGAUGGACCAGAUUGAGUGGCUUCCUGUAUCAAUCGGGAAACUGAAGGAUGUAACUGAAUUGGACAUAUCCGAGAAUCGUAUCAUGGCUCUACCACCCUCCAUUGGUGGCCUUCAAGCCUUAACGAAGCUUGAUCUUCAUUUGAACCAACUUAUAAACCUGCCUGAUGCAUUUGGGGAGCUUGUCAAUCUAAUAAAGCUUGAUCUCCAUGCGAACAGGUUAAAGUCGCUGCCUGCCUCUUUCGGGAACUUGACGAACCUCAUGAAUCUGGAUUUGAGUUCAAACGAGUUCACACAUUUACCAGAGUCGAUUGGAAAUUUGAGCUAUUUGAAGAGACUAAUUGUGGAAACGAACGAGCUUAAAGAACUUCCAUUCACAAUAGGGAGUUGCUCCUCACUAUCAGAGUUAAGAUUAGAUUUUAAUCAGAUAAAGUCUCUUCCCGAGGCGAUUGGGAAGCUCCAAUGCUUGGAGAUUUUGACUGCACACUAUAACAGGCUCAAUAGGUUGCCAACAAAAGUGGGAAACCUUUCCAAUUUAAAGGAGCUUGAUGUAAGCUUCAACGAGAUCAAAUUCAUCCCUGAGAACCUCUGCUUUGUGGUAAGUCUCAGAAAAUUGAAUGUGGGGAAGAACUUUGUAGACUUAAGAGCCUUACCAAGAUCAAUUAGAAACCUCGAAAAGCUUGAAGAGUUGGAUAUAGGUGACAACCAAAUCAGAGUUUUACCAGAUUCUUUUGGAUCAUUAUCAAAAUUGAGAGUUCUCCGGGCUGACGAGACUCCAUUAGAAGUUCCACCAAGAGAAGUGAUCAAAUUGGGUGCUCAGGCUGUCGUUGAAUUCAUGGCUGAUCUUGUUGCUAAGAGGGAUACCGUACCAACACCGGAGAAGGACGAGAAUAGUUUCUUCUCAAGAAUUUGCUUGAUUUGUUGGCCGUUUGGAACCGCGACCGCAAAUACAGACAACAUGUAACCGAUACUAUAGUUCUUUAUUCAGCCUCCUGUAUGUCUCUCAAAAUGUUUUAGCAUCUUUUGAAGAUUUGUUCAAUGUGAGUUUAUAUUACUUGUAAAUUAUACGUGAGUUUCCUGAGCUUUCUGCUAAGUUCUAUAUCUUAUUGCUAUUUUUUUUUG